AUGCCAGAUCCUCUUUUCUAGAUUCCUUUGAACCUAACAAUUCUAUAAAUAACCUUUGAGAAGUCUUCCAGUUUUUCAGAUUCAUCAAAUUAAACUACUCUAUUGGUAACUGAUUUUAUAUAACAAAGAAAAAAAAUCAGCUAUGGCCAAGACAUCUUCUUCAUUUGUUCUUCCCAUCAUCUUCCUUGUUAUGUUCGCCUUAGUUGAACAGAAUAUGGGAUGCAUGGCAGUUCUUGGCUCGUGCGGUGUUAUAACAGACUGCAGUGGGGCAUGCAAGUCUAAAUUUGGACAAGAUACACUUAGCAGAUGUGACCGCGACGGUGGUGCUGGAACAUGUAUUUGCAGUUAUCCUUGUUUAACUGAAAAACCCCAUAUCUGAAGUCAGCAUUAUUUUAAUUUCUUAAAAGUAUAUAAUUAAAAACUAAUAAAGUCAAAAUCUUAAUUGUUCUGGUA